AUGACGGCUGUAGCAGUUGCAUCUCCCGUUCUUCCCGUCCUCAGCGGCUCUCUGAAGGACCGUUUACCGGGAGGGCUCGGACAGAGUGGCGGCAGAGUUCCUACCGAUCACAUCGGUUUACUCCGACCUACGUCUGCUUCACUCCCUAUGGAGGACAUGAGACAGCGUCUUAAGCAAGAUGGGUAUUUGUUUGUGAAGGGACUGAUCCCUAGAGAGGAUGUACUGGAUGCGAGAGAAAACUACUUCAGCCAGUACUCAAAUACCUCGCUUUUGGAACCCGGGUCGUCUCCACGACAUGGAAUCUUCAACUCAUCUUCCCACCCGGACUCUCACAAAGGGAUCGGCGGGGCGGGCCUACCGACCGACCCAGUGGAACAAAAGAUCCUAAUCGAUGCUCAUUCAGACCCGAAGUAUCGCGAGUUUGUAGAACAUCCGGCUUUGACUGGGUUUAUCCGAGAAUUCAUGGGUUGGAGGGAACACCGCAUUCUGGAUCGGACGAUGCUGCGGCACAACGUGCCAUUUGGAUCGGGAACUGGAAUCCAUUAUGAUAAGCUGUUUUUGAGAGGUGGCGAGGGCUUCUUUUUGACUGCUUGGGUACCUAUCGGUGACAUCGCUAUCAACGGGGGUGGUCUUUGCUACCUGGAGAACUCCGUUCCUCUCGGACGCCAUGUCGAGGAGGACUUUAAUAAACGCUCCGAGGCCUUCACGCAGGAACAACGCGUCUCUGCGUUCAAUGUCAAUAUGCUGGACGGUGGCAUGAUUUCGAACUCCCCUCAGGAAUUCCAGGAAGCCCACUCUGCUUAUGGUACUCACAAGUGGCUCGUGACCAACUAUGAAGCCGGAGAUGUGGUGUUCCACGAUCCAUAUAGCAUUCAUGCCAGUGGGCGCAAUGAAGAUACAACUGGUAGUAUUCGGUUGAGUACGGAUCUGCGAUUCUACGAGAAGGAUGACCCGGGUAUUGAUAAGAGGUGGUUCAAGAUCUGGGCCCCUGGUGAUGGACUUUGA